AUGGCCACUCCUCGCGACGCAUCCCGGGAGAAAGAGUAUGCCUUUGAAAUGGCGGCCUCCAGUAUCCGGUUUGGGCCUGGUGCCACAAAGGAAGUCGGCAUGGACUUUGCAAACAUGAAGGCGAAGCGAGUCUGCGUUGUUACAGACAGCAAUGUUGCCAAAUUAACACCCAUGAAGCAGGCCAUUGAGGGUCUGACCCGCGAGGGCAUUGAGUUCACAGUUUUCGAUAAAGUUCGAGUUGAACCCAAAGAUAGCUCAGUCAAAGAAGCCAUUGCCUUUGCCAAACCCUACAACCCUGAUGCCUUCCUCGCUGUCGGUGGUGGAUCUGUCAUCGACACCGCGAAGCUCAUGAACCUCUACACCGUCUUCCCUGAAGCCGACUUUCUCGACUUCGUAAAUGCACCGCUCGGCAAGGGCCUCCCCGUCACCAGGGCGUUAAGGCCGCUCGUGGCCGUACCCACCACGGCUGGCACAGGCUCCGAAACCACUGGCACCGCCAUCUUCGACCUCGUCUCCAAGGGCGCCAAAACCGGAAUCGCCCACCGCAACCUCAAACCCACACUGGGAAUCUGCGAUCCUCUUAACACACGAACUAUGCCGUCAGCCGUACACGCCUCCUCAGGUCUCGAUGUCCUCUGCCACUCGCUCGAGUCAUGGACGGCGAUCCCCUACAACGAGCGAACCCCACGCCCCACAAACCCCAUCAACCGCCCCGCAUAUCAAGGCGCCAACCCCAUCUCUGAUAUCUUUUCCCUCCAAGCCCUCCGAGAUACCGUCAAGUAUCUUCCUCGCGCUGUUAAGGACCCCGAAGAUCACGAGGCUCAGUCGCAAAUGCUUCUCGCCGCUACAUUAGCCGGUGUUGGAUUUGGAAACGCGGGUGUUCACCUCUGCCACGGCAUGUCAUAUCCCAUCUCUAGCCAGAACCCAGGCUACAAGCACGCCGGCUACGACGUCGACCACCCUAUCAUUCCUCACGGUGUCUCCGUCGCCGUGACUGCUCCGGCUGUGUUCCGGUUUACCGCGGCUUCUAACCCAGAUCGCCAUCUUGCCGCUGCAGAGGCCUUUGGUGUUGACAUCUCCAAUGUAAAGCGUGAAAGUGCCGGUGAGGUUCUAGGCGAGGCGCUGUCCAGAUUUCUUUCCGACCUCGGUGACCAGCCUCUUGGUCUGAAGAACCUGGGCUUCAAGUCUGAUGAUAUUGAAGCCUUGGUUGAAGGAACCCUUCCCCAGAGGAGGGUGUUGAUGCUCGCUCCAAACCUUAACGACGAGGUGGAGGCUGAGAGAGAUGAGCUGAGGAGUCUGUUGGAGCAGUCCUUGGAGUACUAA